AUGUAUGUUGACCUCGAUUCCACGCCCAUGGCACUCAUCAACACGACAGUGGAUCCUGGAAUAAAUCUGAAGAAUUGCCCAUCUGGGAAAGCAUGUGGAAACUUUUGUCGAAUCUCAAAGGAAGUCCAUAGCCCGAAGAAUCCUUUUGAAGAAAUCACAAGAUUGGAUAUAGUGGAAGGUGGCAAGAAACUUGGCUCGGUCGAUGGAGGAGGGGUCCCUGUUGGGGUUGCGUCGUUGCCACCUGAUAAGAAAGAAGGGGGUCAUUCCCAGAAAGGUGUGUGGGAACGGGUUGAUUUGAAUCGACAUCGCCAUCAAUGGUUUGGAUUAUUGUUUCAUCUGCCGCCGCUGGCAUGUUCAUAUCUGCUGCCGACCCCCGUGAAUGUUGUGCCCCUCAACACAUUCCCUCCGGCAAGCGUGCAGAUGCAGAUGAAGCAACCUGCCGGUUCGCACACACCUCAUAAUAAUGCACUGCCGCCGCCGCAAUAUCAGCAAAUUCCGCCUCACCCGAGUUUCUUGCGCCCGUUCGUUUUCCAACGUUCGCUGCACUUCACGCCUUCCCCACGAUCUUCCGGGACUUGUGAGCCAAUGGCAGUGAUCCAGCACAACAUGAGAGACUUGCGGAUGUUUAGUGUUCCAACUGUUCCUCCACCACUCAGGGGAGCAGCAAGAAUCAACGAUGUUGGUGCAUCAGUUUUGGCGCAAUUCCGUGAGCAUCGGCAGCGGUUGCCAGCAUCGCGCGGAUUUGUCGGUGGCGAUGUUCACUUGCCCUUUAAGCUGCCUGCAAACUUGUUGCAGCAGUACGGCGAUACACUGGUGAGUCCAUUUGAUCAUGUGGAGAGCGUGCCAUCGAGAGGCAGUGAAGCAGAGAGGUUCUCGGCUCUCUUAUCUGAAAUCUGGUCAUUGUAUGCCCAUUUCCGCGGCCGUUUUCCACACGGGUGUCAUCUGGUGCUUGUGGUGUCUUCGGUGAACGGGUUUGGAUUGGACACAAGUGACGCGGACAUGUGUCUGAUUGUGUCCAACUCUCUGAUUGACCAGCGGGACUGGGCACCGCUCAUCCUCACGGAAGUCAUGCUGGUGUUGCACACUGUCCGCGGACUGAUGUACGUGCCUGCCAAGAUCCCCUCGGUCAAGUUCACCAACGUGCGCACUGGUAUCAACUGCAACAACACAGUGGGCCUGCUCAACACUUGACUCUUGCACGCCUACGCGGACCUGGACUGGCGCGUGCAGCCCCUCGUCAUGCUUGUCCAACUCUGGGCCCAGCGCAACAGCAUCAACGACGCCCGCUGCAU